AACGAAACCCUAUAAGGAAGGGCUUAACCCACCUAGGGCCACCUAACAGCUGGAGUGGCUUCUGCUUGUGUGCACAUUCGCUCAGCAUUCAGCAUGUCUGGAAUUGCAGAUCGGGUAGCCAGGCAGAAGGCUCUUUGUGCAGGAUUUGGUACAAAUGACCAGGCUUCAAAAUAUCUGAAUCAGGACUAUGAGGUGCUUCAGAGGGAGUGCUUGAAGGCUGGCACACUCUUUAAAGAUGACAUCUUUCCUGCCGCGCCAGAGUCCAUUGGUUAUAAUGAGCUGGGACCUUACUCAUCCAAAACCCGAGGUGUGGUGUGGAAGAGGCCAAAAGAGUUGUGUGCUAAUCCACAAUUUAUUAUUGGAGGUGCCACCAGAACAGAUGUCUGUCAAGGAGCCCUGGGUGACUGCUGGCUCUUGGCUGCAAUUGCAUCCUUGACCCUUGAUGAGGAAAUCCUGGCCCGUGUUGUUCCCAGUGGACAAAGUUUUCAAGAAAACUAUGCAGGAAUAUUUCACUUCCAGUUCUGGCAGUAUGGGGAGUGGGUUGAUGUGGUCAUUGAUGAUCGACUACCCACAAGAAAUGGAGAACUGUUAUUUGUCCACUCUGCUGAAGGAACUGAAUUCUGGAGUGCUCUGCUGGAGAAAGCUUAUGCUAAGCUGAAUGGCAGCUAUGAAGCACUGAGUGGAGGCUCCACUAUUGAAGGUUUUGAGGAUUUCACUGGUGGAAUUUCAGAGCUGUAUAUGCUGCACAAAGCACCGCCACACCUCUUUAAAGUCAUCUGCAAAGCUCUUUCAGCUGGAUCUCUCCUGGGCUGUUCCAUUGAUAUCACCAGUGCUCGUGACACUGAAGCUGUAACCUUUCAGAAGUUGGUCAAAGGACAUGCAUAUUCCCUCACGGGUGCAGAGGAGGUUAGCUACCGAAGUGGAAAAGAAAAAAUUGUUCGAAUUAGAAACCCCUGGGGUCAAGUGGAAUGGACAGGAGCCUGGAGUGACAAUGCUCCAGAGUGGAAUUAUGUUACUCCAGAGGAAAAAUCAAAACUGGACUGCAAAGCAGAAGAUGGCGAAUUUUGGAUGUCCUACUCAGAUUUUCUGACACAUUAUUCAAAACUGGAGAUCUGCAACCUUUCUCCUGAUACCCUGUCUGAUGACAGCCUCCACAAAUGGACCAUGGCUGUUUUUGAGGGGAACUGGCGAGUAGGCUCCACUGCAGGAGGGUGCAUAAACAGCCCAGCCACCUUCUGCUCCAACCCCCAGUUUACCUUCAAACUCGAUGAAGAAGAUGAUGAACACUAUGACAAUGUGAGCGGAUGCAGUUUUCUGCUUGGUCUCAUGCAAAAAAACACCAGAAAGGAGAAGAGAUUUGGACGGGAUCUGAACACCAUUGGAUUUGCAAUCUACAAGGUUCCUGAGAAGUUCAAGGGUUGCUCAAACGUUCAUUUGGGAGCAGAUGUCCUCUUAAGGCAGAAGGCUGUAGCCAUGAGCAGCGCAUUCAUCAACCUACGAGAGCAGUGUGACCGUUUUAAGCUUCCUCCAGGAGAGUAUAUUGUUGUACCAUCGACAUUUGAGCCACACAAAAAUGGCAACUUCGUUCUUCGAUUCUGUUUUGAAAAGAAUGCUGUUGCAAGCCGAAUGGAACAUCCUAUUGAUGCUAAAAUCUUUGAGCCUGAAAUUACAGAACGUGAAAUUGAUCCCCAUUUCAGACAGCUGUUCAUGCAAGUAGCAGGCAAAGAUUCAGAAAUCACUGUAUUUGAGCUGAUUCAGAUUUUGAACCAAGUUACUAAACAACGAGCUGACAUCAAGUGUGAUGGCUUCACACUCGAAACAUGUCGAAACAUAAUCAGUCUUCUGGAUAAAGAUGGAAAUGGCACCCUAGGACUGGUGGAAUUUACUAUUCUUUGGGAGAAGCUUAGGAUCUAUCUGGAAAUCUUUAAAAAAUUUGAUACUGAUGGAUCUGGUACCAUGAGUUCUCAUGAAAUGAGAGGGGCAGUACUGGAAGCAGGUUUCCAGCUCAACAAUGAAUUAAUACAAGCUGUUGUUCAUCGGUUUUCGGAUGACACUUUUUCCGUUGACUUUGACAGUUUUGUGGGAUGUCUUAUUCGUCUGGAGAUGCUUUUCAAAAUGUUUAACAUAGUAGAUACGACUAAAAGUGGAACCAUUCAGCUGACCUUGGGGCAGUGGCUGCUUCUUGGCAUGUAUUAAUUGAAGAUUGCAACACCAGCAGCAGAACAAAAAGACCAAGCAUUAAUGAAGCACAAAGUUAACGGCAACUGAUUUCAAAAUCCUUUUAACUUUGCCUUAUUUUUAUGAUUAAGACCCAACUCCUACAAAUUCACCUAGGUGUGAUGCAUAAACAGAAAUGUAGAUAACUAAUACAAAUUGCAAAAAAAUAUAUAUAAACUCCACCAAAUGAGAGAAUGAUGUACUUCAUCAAUAAUAUGGUUAAAACAGCAUUAACGUAUCAAACAUUAAAUGUAGGAGUUUACCAUAAUGACAAAAAAAAAAACUUAAGAUAAAGGAUUGCAUCAAGUCACUUAAAUUCCAUAUUAUCGUAUGUUUAUCAUCUGGAUUUUCUUUUAUGUUUGUGCAGACUUUAAUAUUGAAUGGUAUUAUAAAUCCCUUCUUGUAUUAAGGUUUUAUCAAAUUCGAUUUGCAGAAUUUGCUGAAUUGACACUUCUUGCCAAAUUAACACGCAAUACACCAGAUUUGUGCAUUAUUAAAUUUGAAAAAGUGGUCAAAUAUAAAUGUAUGCUUAACUACACCUGUGCUGCAGUUCUGUAUGGACACACAUUAUUUUCUGAAACAGAUUAUUAUCAUAAAAUAAUAAUUUGGAGAGAUUAUUUUCUUUGAAAUGUUGAAGAAAACUACUAAACACAUUUUCUGAAUAAAAACAUAUUAGGAUGACUGAGAUAAAAUGGGCAAGCUUUAUUAAUAGGAACUGAUUUGGGUAUUCAGUUGACACACUUCAUUUUGGUGGGGAGCACAGAGGAAUUGAUGUCCCUUUAUUUGGUCUGUUCUGUUGACAUUAAUGGCUUUUUUUAAUUUAUUUUGAUUUGCUGUUGGUGAUUUUUGGGCAGUAGAAUCAAAGUACUGUUAUGCUUAGCCAAAGGGAUGUGGAGUCUUUAGAAUUCUGGUGUUUGUUGUGUAAUCUUAAAUAAAUAUAUUUGCUGACUUCA